AUGUUGCAGGGCUCAGUGGCUGUUGAGGAUGUGGCUGUGGACUUCACCCAGGACGAGUGGGCGCUGCUGGAUCUUUCUCAAAGGAAGCUCUACAGAGAUGUGAUGCUGGAAACCUUCAGAAACCUGGCCUCAACUAGCAAGAGGACAGUGCAGAUGGCACCCCUCAGGACCACUGUGUCGGCGGUCACCAAGAGGCAUAUGAGAACUCACAGUGAAGAGCGGUCUUACAAAUGUAGGGAAUGUGGGAAAGCCUUCCCUCAUUUCUCAAAUCUCAUUAUACAUAUGAAAAUUCACAGUGCAGAGAGGCCGUAUGAAUGUAUGGAAUGUGGGAAAGCCUUUCGUCAUUCCUCACACCUCACAAAUCAUAUGAGAACUCACAGUGGAGAGAGAUCUUAUGAAUGUAAGGAAUGCGGAAAAGCCUUUCAUAAUUCCUCACAACUCAGUGUACAUUUGAGAACUCACAGUGGAGAAAAGCCUUAUGAAUGUAAGCAAUGUGGGAAAGCCUUUAGUUGGCCAUCACACCUGACUACACAUUUAAGAACUCACAGUGGAGAGAGGCCUUAUGUGUGUAAGGAAUGUGGCAAACUCUUUCGUCAUUCCUCACACCUCACUAGUCAUGUGAGAACUCACAGUGGAGAGAGGUCUUAUGAGUGUAAAGAAUGUGGCAAAGCCUUUCGUAAUUCCUCAUACCUCAUUAUACAUAUGAGAACUCACAGUGGAGAGAGGCCUUAUGAAUGUAAGGAAUGUGGCAAAGCCUUUAGUCAGUCCUCAAACCUCACAGAACAUAUAAGAACUCACAGUGGAGAGAGACCUUAUGAAUGUAAGGAAUGUGGCAAAGCCUUUAGUCAGUCCUCAAACCUCACUGAACAUAUGAGAACUCACAGUGGAGAGAGGCCUUAUGGAUGUAAGGAAUCCACGCACCGGCUUCUACUCGGUGCUGCCAAGGAACCCCCAAAGCCCCUGGACGCGCAGAAUCGCUGCGGCCCGGUCCCCAAGGCAGGCCGCUGCAGUUUCCGGCAGUGGCCAGCAGGUGGCAGCGCCGGCCCGAGCACCAGCGGCUUCCGGGCCAGCGGACGCUGCAGAGGCCUCUGGGAAGGAAUGGCCGGUUCCCGCCUGAAGCGUCCUGUCUUAGCUUCCACCCGCUUCCGGCCCCCGCCUCUGCGUUUAGGUUUCUCGCUGACGGGGACGGGAGACGAGCUGCCGUCCCUCCGACCAUCUCAGAGGAGAGACAAGUCUUUGAACCUGGAGCUGGGCAACCCACAGAGCUCAGUUUCUAGCUGGAGGGUGAAGAGUGAGCUUCGCUUUGCUGCUCUCCGCGCGCCGUGGGGAUUCAUCUCAAAUGUGUGUGAACGUUUUAUUUGCACCCAGAACUCGUUUCUGCCCUCAUCCUGCAGGGUGUUCCCAUCAGGCCUCAGCGGGACCAUGAAGCACGUGGGGGCCUCACAGGAGGCCACGGCGGAAACCGCCUGCUCCUCCAUGACGUCCGCCGUGUGCUGUGGUUGA